UAUCAACGUUGCGUGCGUGUGUGUGUGAGUGUGUGUGUGCACGCACGCGGGACGGGGGGGGAGGUGGAUGCGCGCGUCCGUUCGCUCUCCAGCGGAGCCGCGCAGGGCUGAAGGAGAGCACAAAGAGAAAACACUUUACGACUUUAGUAAAAGCGUUAAAAUGUUAUUUUACAUAUCGAUUCUCGUGUCGUGUCUUGAGGGGAAGUGGUGAAGUGGAGCCAUUGAGUUCAUGUGUACAGGAAAUUAGAAAACCAGAGAGAUCAAGAGGUGAAGUAAGUUAGGCAACAGCUGCUUCCACGCGGGAUUUUUUCAAUGUAAUGCUUUUUUUAAAGGCUUUUUUUAUUUAAAAAAGAGAUUUCCAAGAAAACCAGUCAUGUAAUUUGCCCAAAUCUCAGUCCGGAAAGCCCAGAAAUUUUGGCACAGGCAUCAGAUUUCCACUGUAAAAUGAAUGUCAGCAGAUUAAACUCCAUCAGCGCCAAAAACAACAUUUGGGAUUGAAAGCACUCUGCAGCCGCAGGUUACACAAACAGAGCGUGAUACAUGUGGACGGGUAUGUCAGCGGCAGAAAGCGGUUCUGGAAGAGCGAAGGGCCCUGCGGCAAGAGUGCAUGUACGACACAGGGCCCGGUGACAUGUAGGAGGCCCCCACAACAACACAACCAUGCCUUCUAGUAUCUUUGUGGCCCCCGAUGUGGUCCGUAUGGAUGCAGCUGUCCCGUAUAAACACCACGCAGCACACACUGUUCUACUUUACUCUACACCGACACUGGCAGAGAGCCAUCGCUUUUCCAUUGAGAACUACUCAGCUCGGCCCUAUGGACGGCAAAAGCUCCUCCGCUGACUUUGACCGGGUGAAAUACACGCCGCCGCGGUACAGCCAUGUUGGGUGUCUUCACCCUUCUGUCCCUCGGCUCCAUGGUGGCCCUGGUGCCUCCUCCCAACGUCCAUCCUGUCCGCUGCAGGCACUGCUGUGAUCACUUGGAGCCGCCAGAGGGCAGCGGAGACCAGCCUCCCACACUGGGGUUCAACCAUGUGCCGGAGGUCCGCACCUACAUCAACAUGACCAUCCUCAAAGGAGACAAAGGUGAACGUGGUGACAGAGGAACUUCAGGUAAAGCUGGACUAGAAGGCCCCCCGGGCUCCAGAGGUCCCAUGGGCUCAAAAGGCUCCAAGGGCCAGGCGGGACUCCCAGGAGACCCCUGCAAAGUGCAGUACUCCGCCUUCUCCGUCGGCCGCCGCAAGUCCCUCCACAGCGUGGAGUCCUACCAGGCGCUGGUGUUCGACACCGUCUUCGUCAACCUCCACGACCACUUCAACAUGUUUGACGGCAAGUUCCUGUGCCGAGUCCCGGGGAUUUACUUUUUCAACGUCAACAUCCACACGUGGAACUUCAAAGAGACGUACCUGCACAUCAUGCACAACGAGCGUGAGCAGGCCAUCGUGUACGCGCAGCCCAGCGACCGCUCCAUCAUGCAGAGUCAGAGCCUCAUGCUGCACCUGGAGCCCAAGGACGAGGUGUGGAUCCGCCUGUACAAGAGGGAGAGAGAGAAUGCGAUCUACAGCGACGACGUAGAUGUCUACAUCACGUUCAACGGGUACAUCAUCACAGGCAGCCAAGAGGGCCACUGAGGCCCGAGGGCCAGAGAGCAGACAACAUGGACGCGGCAGCUAAAGGCAAUCCGAUGAAAAGUAGUUUCUAUAUUUAGAUUAAAAUGGCAGUUCAGCUUGUUCCACAGUCACAAGGGUUACCAGAGGAGGAGUGUGAAGAAGUCAACUGAUUCGUCCUAAAACAUAAGAGGUCAUUGAGCCUAACUAAUACAUUCUGGAAAGGUAUUAGAAAUGUAAUAGUUAGUGUUUGCGAUCCCAAAUUGGGCUUAUUCAUUUCAUAAACAUUAGGUGGGCAUUUUGGUGAGAAAACCUCCCUUAGAAACAGAAUAAUGGGGACCGCAGUUGAGUUUCAUAUGUGGUGCUAAAUCGUAGUGCUAACUGAACUACACGUACUGAAAUAUGUAUCGGAUGCACUUCGAUUUAUUUUUUGUUAACUGAGCUAUGUUUUUGCUUUAUUAGUGUACUUGAAGGUUUGUCUCCCUCGCUUUUUAUCACAGUGUCAUGUGAAGAUAAACUGGAAGCCCAACUGCAACAAAAAGCUCAUUUUCAUCAAGUUAAAAGGUAAUUAUAGUAAAUUGACUUGUGUGAGUAAAUGACACAAAUACCUUCCAUAAAUACAUUCAUAUUAGUUAGGUACUAAAGUGACUACUAUAAAAGCAUUAAUUCAAAUAUCCAAUUUUAUAAUACUAUGUAAAUAAUUCUUAAUUGCAGUAAUCCCACUAAUUGUUUUUAACACUAAUAUACUUUAUACUGAUAUUAACAAUAUUUCAUUCACAUACUUAAUGCAGUUCCUCAUUGUAACCACUGGAGGGAUGAUGAGGGAUCAAGUGCUCUCAUUUCAACUCAAUAUUCAGUAAAUUACUUUAAAAAUAAACAAGUCUAAAUGGACAGAGUGUGUUUCUGUUCAUGUGAAGUCUUUGCUGUUCACACCAUCACUGAUGAUCGGUCUAGUUGCUCUGAUGCUGUUUUUCUGCCAGCCAGUCAGUCAACACUUCUUCACAGUUUGUUUAAUGUUUCAUUUUCACGUCUGACGGUUGAGGAUUCAUGUUUGUUUGAGUUCGACAGACAGAAAAUGGACCCAGACGGGGACUGUCUCCACAGGGUGGAGGGAGCCAGUAAGGGGUCCCACCCAUGUUGCACAUCUGAACCGCCUCCAAAAUGUCUCGAAAUGAAGGUUUUAGUAUAAUGUGUAGUUUGAAGUAAUUAACUGGUUCCUCUCCCAGGAUCCGGUGUUAUCCCAGGUUUUCUUUAAUCCUUCCAGGUUUGGGAUGACAGCUGUUUGCUGUUUUGCACGUGAAACACAUUGCACACUACGAUGCACAUUAAAGGGUGUCCCGUUCAAGUUUCAGGCAUAAACAUUUCUUGAUUUUAAUAAUAUUGUCCACAUUUCCUGUUUAGAUUUUUGCGGGUGCAGUUUUCCUUUCCUGUUGCACUGAGGUGAUAUUUCCACAGGCUCUUCAUGUUGGCCGUUACAAUACAAAGGGA